CCAACAAAUCUGUUAAGUAAUUUACUAUUUUUAAACAAAAAAAAAAGUUGAAAUUUUUAAGUGUUUUCCCAGUACUCAUGGAUUUACAUUUCUCCUCACAUUCAAAGCUGUAAACACUAAACAGUAGAAGUAGAUAGACUAUUUUAAUGGCAUUUCUCAUUUCUCAUUCUUCUUCACUCUCACUCUGCUCAUUCUCUGCUUUCCUCUCCUUUUCAAUCAUACUCUCACUAUCAGGAGAGUAAGCCAUUAUAUAAAAAAAAAACAGCUCAUUUCUCUGAAAACUCGAUCCAAUCAUUGAUCCAAAUAGCUGCUUAUUGCGAUGAGCUCAUUAUGCUAGAGACCUACUACAUAUGCAAACUUUCUGCAGAUCGCUUAGCCAGUUUAUCUUCAGCUCGAACAGUGAGCUUAAAAAAUGGGUUAUUUGUCUUGUAAUUCAGAGUCUGCAAUCAUAACUUGUGAUCCAUACAACUGGGAUAUAAAAAACAGGAAGAAAAAGAAGAAGAAGAAAAAACCCAAGAUCAGACAAUUUUCUUACAGUGAUCUCGAAUCAGCAACAAAUGGGUUUUCUCCUCAGAGUUUUCUAGGCAAAGGGAGCCAUGGAAGUGUUUAUAAAGCUGUUCUUGAUGAAGGUAAACUUACUGUAGCUGUUAAGAAAACAAUUCAUUCUUCAUUACUUCAUCCAGAUAAUGAAAUUGAAAUCCUUUCUCGGGUUCGAAGUCCUCGAUUAGUAAACUUAUUAGGAUUCAGUCUCGACAUAAACGAUAACAAAUUACUGGUUGUCGAGUUUAUGCCGAAUGGGUCACUCUAUGAUCUUUUGCACUCGAGUACUCGUCGAAUGCUUAGUUUGAGCAAACGCGUCAGGUAUGCUCUACAGAUUGCGAAAGCAGUAGAAAUUUUGCAUUCAUCGAAUCCGCCUGUUAUUCAUAGAGACAUUAAAUCUUCAAAUGUUUUGAUCGAUUCGAAUUGGAAUGCUCGAUUAGGAGAUUUUGGAUUAGCUUUGAGAGGAUUUGUUGAAGAUGUGAAGCUAAAAUGCACCCCACCAGCUGGUACAUUGGGGUAUCUUGACCCUGCCUACAUUGCUCCAGAAAAUCUAACUGCGAAAAAUGAUGUUUUUAGUUUUGGGAUUCUCUUGUUAGAGAUUUUAAGCGGGAGAAAUGCAAUUGAUGUGAAUUACAGUCCUCCAUCAGUAAUCGAUUGGGCGUUACCGUUGAUCAAGCGAGGUGAGUAUACUUCGAUUUAUGAUGCACGAAUUGAUAUUCCUGAUGAUAUAUCUGUGUUAAGACAAUUAGCAAAUUUAGCUGCAAAAUGUGUGAGGUCAACAGCAGAGAAAAGACCUGCUAUGUCUGAUGUAGUAAAGUGUCUUAGUGGUUUUACGGAAAGAAUUUCUUCUCCAUUGUGGAACAAUCUUAGGAGACGCAUGACUAAAGAAUCGACAUCUGCAUCAUUGUCAGCGUCAUUGUCCAUUGGACACGACAUGUUUGAUAAUAGCAAAGAGAUUAUUGUUAAAACAAUUAAACAUGGUAUUAGAACAUCAUCUUUGAAGAAUUACAGAAAGGUUUCAAGUUUCGAACCUUAUUUCGAUUUGAAAAACCAACCCUUUACCGAUAGAAUCCGGAUUCAUCGUUCGAAUUCUAUUGGUUCAAUUAGUGAAACAAAAGUGAGUUCGGAUACUAGUUUGGGGAAUAAACAGCUUGCUCUAGUUGAAGUUAAAACUGGGUUGGACUUGAAAAUGGCUGCUCUUAGAUUAAGCAAAUCAAGAUCUUUGAAUGUCCUGCAAAGUACGCGACUGAUUCACGACAUCGAAAGAGGGUUUGUUUUUCGACUCGUGAAGAAUCCUUAUAUCAGAUCCUUAAGUGUAACAAAACUUGUUCUUAGUAAUGAGAAAAGUCUCCAGAAGAAACUGAUUGAGGAGAGGAAAUACGAUUAGUUGUUUUCUUUGUAAUUUUAGUAAUGUGGUUAUUGUUGGAUACCAUUGAAGAAUGGAAUGCAUCUUUUCUUAUGUAAGUUACUCAUAUUUAUUAUGUUAUCAGGUAUUUCAGUUGCAGAUUUUCAG